GCUCAGCGGAUUCAWUUCAAAAUGGCGGACGGAACUGGGAGGUGGUGAAUAGAACUUGUAUUUUGCCUCAAAUAACUACGGCAAACUCCUCAAUUUGAUGGUAUAAAAAACAGACAUGGAAAACGAGGUCAUAAGCAAGACUGGUGGCCAGGUAGACGAUCUUUGCAUGGCCUUGGUUGACGCUGCAAAUGACAAACAAAAUGAUGUCAGAGAGGUUGUUAUCAUGGCACUUCAUGACAUUGGUAAAAAACAACCUGACAUGGUAUUGACCACAAUAAAAGUAUUUCUUGUUAAACAUCAAAAGUUGAGUCUUGGGCACAGGGUUGCUCUUCUCAAAGCUGCAUCUAAGAUCAUCACAGAUUCUCUUGAAAACCUUGAUUUAAAUUUGAGUAAAMAGAUGGUUAAACUAGCAUCAAGUGAGAUGACAAAAACUAAGGAAGUAGAGCCAGAGUGGCAGACUGCAGCUUCUGAAGUUCUUGUAGCUCUUGGAAGAAGAUUUGAUCAUGAAGUCAUGGCAGAUCUUUUAGACAAGCUGGCACCUGGCGUCCUACCACAUUAUUUUGUGAUUCACACUCUUGCUUCACUUUCUAUGGCAAAUGCAUAUGGUGUAGUUCCGUUUCUAAAGGACAUUCUUGGACGACUGCUACCAUUGCURGGGAUGGCUAAACAGGACAACAUGAAAUGGGUCUUUGCAAACUGUCUAGGGAGGUUUUCAGAAAGUAUUCUUGAGUAUAUAGCUAAUGCAGAAAAUGCUCCAUAUCCAGACAUUACUAUAGACAGGUUUUAUGGUGAGAUCUACUCAGCUUUUGAYGUGCUGUUCAAUGUCUGGCUCAAGUCAAAUGAACCCAAGAUUCGUAUAGCAGUUGUAGAUGCUAUAGGUCACAUGACACAUAUUAUGUCACAUGAGAAACUUGAUGAGCAGUUACCAAAGUUACUUCCUGGAAUUACUAGUUUGUACAAGAAACAUACUGACCAUUACCUCAUCACACAGGUAUGCGGCUACUAUUGUGAUUAUAAUGGAUUACAUACUAUGACUUGUAAUCUUCCUGACUUUAGCAAUCCACUCACUGUCAAAAACCACAAUGAACUUCUGAGGUGUUUUUCAGUCUUGACUCGUACAUUCUCAGAUAGAGUAUUGGCUUUCUUGUUGAUCAAACUUGAAGCAAGAGAUGAAAAGAUUCGUAUUGGAUCACUGCUUGUCAUUAAGCACCUUGUCAACAGCUCUGGUACCUACCUUGARAAUAAAGAUGAUUUAGUAGUGUCAGGUGUACAGAUAUUAUUAAAUGACAAUAAUUUAAAGGUUCAAAGAACACUGGCCCAGGUCAUCACUGCCAUGGCUCACCACAGGUAUCUUGAACUGGAAGGUGGACUAAAACUCCUUGAAUUUAUUGUGAAACUGUGCAGUCUAUCAGAUGAGGAGAAACCACAGCAAAGACCAAAUGAUCCAGACCCUGUCAGUACCAAGACAAUCCGUUUGAUGAGUGARAAUAUCCUGUUUCUAUUGACAACAACAGUAGAAGUCAUGCAAGUGGUACUUUGGCCCAACCUUCUAGAGUUCAUUGUACAAGAACAGUUUACCAAUGGCAUUGGUGUUGUUUGCAAGAGUCUUGCUUACAUUGCUGCCUUAAAACGASAACAAGAAGCACCUGACUACAACAUUGAUUUUGAUGCACAAAGAAACAUACCACAGCCUGCAGCAAUCUUAGCAAGAUUAUURGUCAUGUGUGGUCAUCCAUUGGAAAAAGGAAAGUGUGGCAUACAUGUGCUUAACCUUCUGAUGGCUCUCACACCUAUUCUUCAUAAAGACCUUGUGGAAAUGUGGGAUGGUGUUAUUCCAAAACUAAUACAGUAUAUAGAAGAAAAUUCAGAAGACCCUGAGAAAUGGAAUCAGAAGUCAUGGGAAGACUUGGUACUUAAGCUUCUGUCCAAAAGUCUUGAUGAGGUUGAUUCAGAGGACUGGGUUUGUGCUCUUGGAAGUGAACUGGGAAACCAAUUGGUGUUGUACAACAACUUAUCCAAUAACAAGAAUUUCUCUUACAAGUGUCUGGGGAUAGUACUUCGUAAGGCCUCACAAAAGGGUUUCAUACAAAGCCAACUUGGUUUGAUGUUUAGCACAAUCAAACAUUCCAGCCAGGAGGAGAGAGAGGGCUGUGCAAUUGGUGUAGGAUUCUGUGCUGCAACCAACCUUGAUUCAGUUCUUGCUAAACUUGAGCAGGUYGCUAAGACAGACAUGGUCAAAAAAUCAGGGGGAAUUCUGGGAUUCAUGAAGGAUAAAACAGACAUUAAUGUGGAAAGAGUAAAAAGUACUGUGAUGUUGUGCUAUGGUUAUGCUACAUUCUAUGGCCCUCCAAGUUUGAUCACAUCACGACUUGAAGCCAACAUCUUCAGAAAUAUCAUMAAGCAUUUCUCCAAUGUUAAGGAUACUAACGUUAAACAAAACCUCAUCCGUGCCGUAGAGCUGAUGGGAAAGGCACUGGAACCAAGUCGUCUACAACAGCCUGACUUUGUAUUCACUAGAAGAGCAGAGUUAAUUAAUCAUAUGUUGGCUUACAUCAGAGCUGAACCAGCAUCGAAUAUUACUACAGAAACACGAGCACUUGCCAUGGAUGCUUGUGCUAGUCUUAUUAAACUGAAUCCUCGAAUGACGGACGCAGAAGUGUUUGACAUCGUCAAGACAAGUACGGAAUCAGUUAUUGGUAUUUCGUUAGACGGCAACACUCCAACCAAAGGUCAAAAACUACAAGAGGGUAAAGAACCUACUGAACUUCUGUCUCAAGCGUUGAAGAGUCUUAAUAACCUACUGAAAGAGAUUUUACUGCGGGAUCCCUUACCACAGACAUUUACCAAUAUAUUGAAGCAUCUUGAGACACCUUGGCUUCAUUCUCAACACAACCACGAGAGACAGCGCGCAGUCUCUUGUCUGUACGAACUUGUCGUGGUUCUAAAAGAUGGCAUAACUAACAAUAUGAUAGGGAAAUCAACGUCAUCGUUUGAUGUCGGGGUGAUUGUCGCAAGGAUUGUACCUCGAUGUACAGACCCACUAGUACCCAUCAGACAAACAGCUAUCGACAGUGUACAAACUAUCUUACGAAUAUCAGCCUGGUACCAAGGGUAUUCUAUUGAUAGUAAGGACGAUCUUAUCGAUGCAUUGUCAACACUCAGACAACGCGCCUCAGAGGACGACGCCAAUUUGCUGUUUAGUGUUGCCAGCGAUUUGUCGAAGGUUAUUGCUAAAAAGUUGCUAAGCGACGCCCUAUCAGGAUUCGUGUUUACUUUGAUGGAUGGCUUGACAGAUUGUCAAUCACAYAGUUCAAGUGGAGCAUGCGUAGUUCUCAAUAGUAUCAUAAGAAUACGUGGGCAGGAGCUACGAAAAGAGGUUGGUCAAAUAGUAACGAAUAUUCGUGACAAGCUGUGGCUGAUCGGUCAUCCACAAACACGUACCGGGACGUUACGAGUACUAAGAACUUUAUCAUUGCAUCAUCUUGCUCCUGUCCUGUUGGCAAUCUUGGAGUUCCAGUUGCCUCUUGAUGAGCACGUGGUUGACAUUUGGAAGACACUGGCUGGUGAACCGAGUCUUGCAUUGAGUAUAUUCGACUAUCUUCUUGAUUUGCUAACGCGUAGUCUACCAUACAAUGAGAAACCAAACCCUAAAAACAAGAAAGAAACUUUGCGUAUUGCGACUUUACAGCCGUGUGCGAUAACAUGUGGUCUGACUGAAAUGCUUAGUGCUGAAGAAACAACAGAACUUGCCAUUGARCACUUUCACCGUGUGUUUUCUGUGUCUUUACUACGUCUUGGUACAUGUGUUGGCCUACAACAACCUGAACCACCAACGAAAGAUAAGAAAGCAAAGCAUUCCACAGUGAAUCCACUAAGCUGUGCCUUGGACCUAAUGAAAGCCAUUCUUGUACGGUGUCAGUAUGGUAAACUGAUCGACUUUGUCGAGAAAGAAAAUGUGUGGCACUACUUCGAAGACGAGAAGGAAUUUCCAGAAGGAAUAACUUUACUUGCUCGUGGUAUUUGCCUAUCAAUUCCUCAACACGUGGCAAAGAUUGUGACGUCAUUUCAGACGUCAUUCUGCAGUGUGUAUGAUUGUCAGAGGAUAGUGAUUGCUGCUUUCUUUUCUGAGUUGAUCGAUCAGAGAUGUGGUGGUCACAUGGAACUCGUGGAUUUAUUAAUGACUAGUCUGCUUAGUAGACUCGUGGAUACAUCGCGAAUUGUCAGGCAAUACUGUAUACGAGGUCUAGGUAACGUGUCUAGUGUUGACGAUGCCAAGGUAGAGCAGCAUUCUACUACGAUUCUGUCGGCCAUGAUGACUGGUAUGGAUGAUCGUGACGACCCUGACGACGAGAUCACACUAGAAGCAAUGUCAGGCUUGUCAAAAGUGUUGGCCAAACUCGAUGAGAAUCAUGUCAGACAGAUUCUUAUCAACAUCUGUCUUMGAGUCAGACCAUGUUUUGAGAAGGACAAGGAAGCGGUACGAGCAGCAGCCUUCACGUUGUUUGGCAAACUGUCCAGAUUUGGUGAUGGUCCUUCCAAGACACCCUUCUUGGAACAAAUUCACACGAAUUUCAUCAGYAUACUUCUGCAUCUGAAUGAAGAACAGCAAGUUGCCAAGAGCUGUAAGGAAUGUCUUCGUUCAGUUGGUCCGUUAAUUGGUUCUGAUCAAAUUAACGCAAUGUUUCAAAAGCAUCUUCUCGAAGAGGGGCAUCURCACUAUGGAGAAUUCAUUAACGAYCUUUCUCGACGAAUUAUUGCUGACUUCCCCGAGAAGGUCAAUUUUUAUGUAAUGGGAUGUGUAUCAUUCUUCAAAAGUAGUCGAGAUGAUAUCAAAGCAAAUGCUGCGCUUUUUGUUGGAUUUCUGCUCGGUAAUCUUGGUGUCGAUAAAAGAGAUGACAUUUCCAAGGAUCACAUUUGUGGAGCUCUCAUAAUGCUUCUGAAAGAUCCUUCUAGUAAAGUUCGCUGCAAAGCCGCUGAGGCAAUGAGCCUGCUGUACGAAUACUGACCAAUCAUCGUGGCACUAUAUCAACUUGCAAUGUUUUAUGGGACUCCUCUAAGUAGCUAGUUAAAUCAUGACUAGAGGUCACGUGAGAGACAAAGAUAAGUGAAAUUAUAGAAAUAACAAACAAUUAAUUUUAUCAAAUAUGGGAAUGCAAGCCAAAAUUAGACGUUUUAGGCAGAUUAUAUGAAUUGAAAUGACGGGUUUCAUGUAACACAGGUAGCCGAAAGUAUUAAAAAAAAUAAGAUAUGCGUGGAAGGGGUUGUAACUCCUUUAGCGAAGAAUUAUUUUAAUAGCCGACUCUAGGUAUUUUGGUUCACUGGUCAUGCACAAAAGAAAUGUAGACGAAUCUCCGGGGAAAUAAAAGAAACAUUAAGAUUAUCCAUCGUUUACCCGGAGCCUCGUCUGCAUUCUUUUGUACAUGCUUAUUCAACUAAAAUAUUGACUAGACAGAACUUGGGCUUCCUGUGUUAAGCAUGACCCACAACGGUCUUGUUAAGUAAGGCAUGCGCGAUACUUGAACAAGAAUCAAAUAAACGAAUAUCAAAUUGA